AUGAUUUCAUUCCCUUUUGGAAAGGGCAAGAAAGACGAUCAGGCACAGAAGAAGCCUUGGGGGAAUGAGAACCCUUAUCGUGUGUUCGGUGUAACUGAAGACGCCCCUUAUGAGGAGGUCGAGGCUGCUUACAAAGAGCUCUGUGCUGAGAACGAAGGCAACGACAAGUACCUUAUCAAGCUUGAGAUGAUGAAGGAAGCCAUCUUCGAUGAUCGCCUCAAGGCGCGCAUGAGUGGAGCCUUGAAGAGCAAAGUCAAGGACUCGCCCUUCGAGGCCAAACUCAUUGUGAAGAAGGAGCCCUGGUGGACCAAAGUCUCUUGGUUGAAGAACUUGGUGAAAAUGCCAGAGAAGAAGUAUGCCAUCCAAGUGUCUGCCCUCAUGGGUGUCUUCAUCCUUGCCGGCAUCGCCGCUCCUCAGCUUGCUUCUACCACCAUGGGCUUUGGAUUCCUUUCGGGCAUGGGAUUCUUGUACAACCGUGGAACCCCUGAGAUCCGCAGGGACGACGCGGGCAACCCUGGUGAGAUGAGGCCGGCGAAUUAUGGAGCUCUUGGCAAGACUGUUGUGCUGUGCAUGCUGGGCGGCGGUCUGGGCUUCAUGCUCGCCAAUGUGCUCAUGGCCAACGUCGCCCUUCCUGCAUUCUUCGUAGGGGAUGCUAUCGUCACCACCAUGUUCAACCUCGGCAUCUGGUUCACCGCUCUCUUCUUCCAGGUUCAAGACGUCUAG